AUGACACAGAUUGAAGUUCCUCAUGAUUUACCAAUAAUUCUACGUAAUUUCACGUUAAGCGUAUUACGUACGAAGCCGCGUGAUAUUGUCGAUCAUGCUGUGCAUUAUUUCACUCAACUUCAACAACAAUCACAGUUAAUUACAGACGACAAUAACAUUGCGACAACUUCUCAUUCCUCUUCGCCAUCCAUUAGUCAGAGCAAGACUUUGAAAAAUAACAUUGAAUGUGCAGAUGAUGCUGUAACUAUGGAAAACAAAGGUUUGCCAUCAGAAACCAAAGAAAAUAUAGUGACAAAUCCAGUGAAUAUUUCCAUUCAUUGUACUUCAUCCACUGUACCAGAAGAAGAAGAAGAAAGUGGAUUGAGUGAAGAAGAUGAUGUUCUGGAUGCUGACGAAAAUAUGCGACGUCAAUAUAUUCAAAAGAAUGAUUCACGACGUGUAUCAGUUGCAGCUGAACGAUACAAUCCGGAGGAUGACGAUUCUGAUGAUGAACAAACCCACGUUUAUCCCAAAACUCCGGACCAACGACGACGUUUGAGAGAUGCUGUACGUCAUAGUCUUUUAUUUCGUACAUUAGAAACGAAACAAAUCGAUUUUAUCAUCGAUGCAAUGUGGGAAAAACAAGUGAAAAAAGGAGAAUAUAUUAUUCAACAAGGCAAAGACGGAGACAAUUUUUAUGUUAUCGACGAAGGAACAUAUGAAGUCUAUGUUUCCAAAGAAGAUGAACGUAUUAGCGCACCGGUUAAAAUUGGUGAAUAUGAUAAUACAGGUUCAUUUGGAGAAUUAGCUUUAAUGUAUAAUCAACCGCGUUCAGCAACGAUCAUUUCGACGAGCGAUGGCGUCCUAUGGGUGAUGGGUCGACAGACAUUUCGUAAACUUGUUUUAAAACAUGCAUUUCGUAAACGUCAAAUGUAUGAAAACUUCUUACGUGAUGUGGACAUUCUGCAAUCAUUGACCGAUUACGAACGAUCAAAUGUUGCCGAUGCAUUAAUACCGAUCGAUUACUAUCAAAACGAUAUCGUCAUAAGACAAGGUGAUGCUGGUGAUCGCAUGUUUUUCAUUGAAGAUGGUCAAUGUGAUAUAUUUGUGAAUAAUCAAUGUCAUAAACGUUUGACUAAGGGCGAUUAUUUUGGCGAACUUGCUCUUCUUACUCACGAACCUCGAUCGGCAACAGUUAUUGCAGCUAGUUAUAAAGUUCGAUUAGCAUCAUUAGAAGUGCGAUCAUUCGAACGUUUAUUAGGACCAUGUAUGGAUAUUUUACAUCGGAAUACGUCGAGAUAUCUUAAAUAA